AUGAAUUCGUGGAGCUCGAACCCUCAACUCUCGCGUCCGGAACAACUGAAUCUGCCGCUCAACUCGAUGUCCGCCUCGAACUUUUCGAUAAACCGAACGUCCAGCCUCGAAUUGCCGCCCUCGCCCGAAGAUUUUGAGAAGUUUUACACGCCGAGAGCAACGAUAAAACGACCGCAGGAGAAGACGGAAAUACCGCGGAUUGUGGUGGAUCCGGGCAGCGAAACGACAAGUGUCAGGAGUUAUGGUAAGUGGGAAUCCGAGUGGAACAGAGGAGAAAAGGCAAGAAGAUUUUCAGGCACGACAGUCCGCAGGAAAGUGUCCGAUUCGACGAGCUCUGCGAUGACGUCAAUCUCGGCGGUUCGGCAGAAACCAAAGCAGUACAGGGUGAGUCAGCUUCUCGGUUUUCAGCUGGUCUCAAAGCAAAACGUUUGCUAGGCCGUUUUCUACUAACUUGUUAUUUUACGGGCCCGCCCGAACCUUGACAACUAUGGUCUUUUUGCAGCGUUUCGACACUUCCGCUCCGUACAAGCAUCGCGACGUGCGGGAUCUUCUGAAGUCGGCGAAACGACGUCUUCACAAAAUAACUGCAGAGCACGGUCAGUUUUUCCUUUUCCUUUCCCCUAUUUUAUAACGCAGUCAAGUGCGCCCUCACUUUCGUUUGUGCUGUAAAAGCGGCAAACUUGCGGAUGCUUGUGCGGAUGGCUCUCGUUAAACGAUUGUUUCUCUGCGUCUCUCACUUUUUUACACUCCGUUCGCCCUCUCAUAAUCGCUUGUUUAUUCUGCUUUUCAACAAAAACAGCCGAGAGCGAGAGAACGGAAAAACGGAAAACGGAACGAAAAGUCCCUCCGUUCUUCGCUGUCUCGUUGUCUAAAUCUCUUUCUCUCGGCUGUCUGCGUAUCCUGAGUUCGCACACUCUCUCGUCGUGCCCACAGGGUCAUUCGAAUUCAAUUUCGUCGCCAAAACAGACGGAUUUCCGCACGGUGUCGCCGCAUUCCGUCGACUUCCACGUCGCCGAAAUGGACAAUUACAGUAUGCUGAGCAGCGAGGAUCACCACGAAAUGAGGGAGUUCACCGCCGGAAGAGGUUUGACUAACUGACACUGUCCCACGUUUCUUGCCUGAAAAAUCUAAUCAUUAACUGAAUAAUUUUAUUCAAAUUAUUUCAAAUUAAUUGGUUAAAAUUUUAAAAAACUACAGUUUUGUGUGAUUUCAGAUGCCCGAACCACCGGAAACCGUCGCGAAAUGUUCUCCUCACAGGGCUCAUUGGCCGGAGAAACUCGGUGAGUCAGCUAAUGACGAAGCGCUUCUGCGGAAAGAAAAAACUAAAACUAUUUAUUGCGAAAAAUUCAUUUUCUCCCUUCCACCUCCACUUUCUUGAUCUUUUCACUGAGAAGAAAACAACACAUGCCGUCGGCGCUCGCAGGUUUUUCUGCUAAGUCGUCUUCCGUCUUCUUCCCUUCGGUUUUUGUUCUGUUGUUGAACUCUUUUGUACCUGAAACGACCAGUAAUGGUGACAAAAAGCCAGCAUGGAGAGAGUCUGAAAGAUUUCCGUCGGCAGAGCGAAUUUUCCUAUUUCUCACUUAUGAAUUCCAGGUGGGAAACUCUAAAAACAAUGGUUUUACAUAGCAUAUUUGUAAAUAACCCCAUAAAUAAUGUAUUUUCAGAGUACAAUUCGCUCUAUCGCAAACGCCUCCGAUGAGCCAAUCGAACACGGCUCCGACGCUUUUCAACGGCGCUGGAAACACUACGAGCACCACGCAUCACACCCUGUCGCCCGUUCUUCAGAGCUUCCAAGAGCAGUUAGUUUUUACCCUGAAUACUUUCAAACGUUAUCAGUUUUCAAAAAAAAAAGAGUUCCCACCCACAAAACAGACAACAUCAAGGGCACAAAAUGUGUCGUUCUUCGUGCUCCCCCAAAAACUUGACUAUUUCUGUUUUUGAAUCGGAAUUCUAAUUUGAAUCUGUAACGCAGAUGAGUAUGACUGUGCUCAUGCAGUUUGCAAAGUGAGUUCGAAGAGUGAAAAUGAUGCUGAAAACAUGUUCAAUAACUUAAACUAGAAACAGCUUCUGCAAAAUGUGUAACUGUGAUCGAACUUUGAAAUGUGUCUUCUUCUUCUUCUUCCGUCGGCGUCGGGUUCAGCUUCAUCGAAACUAAGAGCGAAGAACAAUGACCGUGACGGAGAGAUACUGGUUGGCAGCCGUGCACGUGGAGAGUACCACCACUUCGAACAAUAACAAUUCGACCUGA